GACUUAAAAAAUUACAUAAAAACAAAUUGGUUGGUUCUUUAUCUUCCUGGCCCUUUUAAUGAAUUAUUAAUGCAAAGCAAAUUAGGUUCUUGCUACAAACUAAAAAGGCUAUGACAGGCUAUUGCUAUUUGGACGUAGAAUUGAAAUUACGCGACGAAGAAAAAGCAGUAGUGACGCCUGCUUACUUUCUAGGGAGCAUAGAAGAUUCAUUACAGAGUUUAUUCGGCGAAAUUGGUGGGCAAACUGAUUUGGAGCUGGUAAAGUUCGACAACACACAAAAACGUGCAAUUCUCAGAGUUCAGAAAGAAUUCCUUCCCCGCACGCGUGCAGCCAUUACGCUUAUUGGGCAUUUUCAAGACAUUCCUUGUCAUUUCAUGUUGAGAAACAUAUCUGAGAAAAACUAAAAUUUUAAGUCUCUUACACACAUGCACUUUAGUCAAGAUGUCGUACUGUAAGUCAUUUGGCAAAGACAAAGUUUGUUUCGUUACAAAAGAAGAUCAUGCAAUACCAAGCACUGUUGAAUUGCCGCCACCAGAGCCUGCACAGGGUCUUAUAACAAGUGAUGGUGAAAUAAAUUGGAGUUGCCCAUGCUUGGGUGGUAUGGCAACUGGUCCAUGUGGUGUGGAAUUUCGGGAUGCGUUCUCAUGCUUCCACUAUAGCAAAGCAGAUCCGAAAGGCUCUGAUUGCUUUGAAGCUUUUCGAGCAAUGCAGGAUUGUUUUGUUCAAUAUCCUACAGUAUACAACAAAUCAGCCGGAAAUGAUGAUGAAGAUGAACCUGGGUUGAACAUCGCCAACUUGGAAGAUGCUGCUCCGCAGGAAACAUCGAGCGCUUCUCCCACUGCCGUAGGAGUUGAAGUACACCAAACCUUAGCAAAAAAAGAAGAUUGAAGAAUAUUAAAAA